AUGCCUGUUUUCGCGAAUUCCCCCGAGGCUCUUUCUAAUGUAACCCGCACCGAUUCACUUGAUCCCGCCACAACAUGUAAAGGUGUUACAGGUAAUGGCCGCCCAUGUCGCCGUGCAUUGGCAUCUACAGAUGUGAUGUAUUGCUGGCAGCACAAAGAUCAAAAAGUGCCAGUAUCGAACGGGACAGGCAACAAGCCGAAUACUUCUCAAUUACAUCCACGAUCAAGUAUUGAUACAUUGAUGGAGCGACUCAAUAUCAAUGACCCACAGGACAACGCCAACAAGUACCGGCCAUUGAAGAAGAAGAAGAAAACCAAGCGAACAUUCUGCUGUUGCUUCGAAAUUAUUGAAGAGGAUGAACCGCUUCCUCCGCGACCAGUGCGUCCAUCUGGAAGACCCCAAUCGAUGCAACAAGUGCCAUCCAGUGCUCCUCAAAGACCGCAAAAAGGAGGGUGGGUCCCUUCGACAGUCUCACCCCAAACCAAUUCCGCCCUGACCGAAGAGCUUGCCAAACCACUGUCGGAAAAAGAUGAGCCCGGCUAUAUUUAUAUCUUCUGGGUCACGCCUGCCGGCUCUUCCAGAUCGAUGCCGCCGCCUACAGACGUCGCCUCGUCCUUAUUCUCUAAGCAUGAGCGCGGAAGUAAUGCCAUACAAAAGGCCAGAGAUCUCAAUGCCUUGACCUCGAAGCCCACCGAAUUUAGUCCAGGCACAAUUCGCCUCAAGAUCGGCCGAGCGAACAACGUCCAGCGUCGAAUGAACGAAUGGACCAGGCAGUGCUCUCACCACAUCACCCUGAUUCGAUAUUACCCCUACACACCUUCAUCGCCCGGCCCUAGCAACGGACCUGCUCCCGAGCUAGGAAGGAAAGUUCCGUAUGUCCAUCGCGUAGAACGACUAGUCCACCUCGAACUAGAUGACUAUAAAGUCCGCGACAUGGGCAAGUGCGAGGAAUGCGGGAGGGAGCACCAGGAAUGGUUCGAAAUCAAGGCCGAAAAAGAAGCCAUUAGGGGAGUGGACGAAUGUAUUCGCAGAUGGGUGAGCUGGGCAGAAAGCCAGUAA